AUGACAGCCCCACCCACUCACCAACUUCCGUUUGAUUACAUCCACCUCCUCGACGCACACAUAUCCUCCCUUCCAGCAAACUCUCACCGUAUUCCACAGCAAAUAGCCCUCCGCGCCGUUCACUCUGCAAAAUUUUAUUCUCCUUCACAACACAUCGCUUCUCCACAACUCUUCUCCGUCAUUUCCUCACCCUCUACUCUCACCAUUGGCUCUCCAUACAUUAUUACCAUGACACUUCGACACGUCGAGAACCCCGCUGGAAAUCCAAAUUCUUUACCUGUUGUGUUUGACCUGCGGGAGUUUGGAUUAACAUUUAGUGAGAAAGAGACCAGUAAAAUGGGAAACUGGAUCUUACUGAGAAAACGGAGUUCAGGCUCUACCGAAGAUAGAAGACAAAUAGAGGGAGAGGAAAUCGAUUUAUCACCCUCCAACCCAACACCCACAGAAUUCGGUUUCCCAAUCUUCUCAGCAGAUUCUAAUUUUGAACUCAACGACAUGCAACUCGGCGUGAUUGAAAGAGAAGAUGAAGAAUUCAUAUCGUUAGGGGUUGGCGAGAGUAAGACGUUCAAAGUAAAUUGGGCGCUGAGUGAGGAGCAAGAGGAGAAGUUGGAGGUGGGCGAAAAAUAUAAGUUAUGUUAUAAAGGAGGGUGGAAUUUCUGGUGGGAUUUUGGGACGGUGGAAGAAAUGGAGGAACAAGAGGGCAGGAGAAAUACGUGGAGAAAUAUGAAGAAGGGCGAGAAGCGAUUGUGGAUUCCUUGUACAAACUUGGUGGAGUUUGAGGUGCAAGACAAAGGCGAGUAG